UGCCCCCUGCCCUUCGCUCCCCAGUCCGUCUCUGCACCAGUGCUGGCCUGCGUCCGCCCGGCCCGAGCACCGCCUGCCUGGCCUUGCCGUCACCCUAGAGCCCGUCAUCAGCUCGGGGGGGUCGUGCAGCGGUGCCCUGGCACCCCAGCCUUCCUCGCGGCCCCUCUUCCAGCCUCCUUGCACUGUGAUUUGGAUCUCACUGUCGCCCAAGCCCACUCGACUUUGAUGGCUGUGUGCCGGCCACCCCGUUCUUACGGUCCGGCGCUGACGACCACGUGACACGACGCCGUGCUCGGUCCUCUGUCCCCGCACUUGUUUCUGCCGGCCCUCAGGCCGUUCAGCCAGGCUUCCCCCAGGCCUCCUGUGUGAUUUGUGUGCAACGUCCCUGCUCCCUGCCCCGCGGGAAGGGCCGUCCCCGUGUGGACAGCCAGAUUGCAGUGGCUCACGUGGCGGGUCUGCAGCACGGCCACCCACACUUCUCCCCAAGGAAGACGCCCAGUGGCCAGCACCGGUGCCUUUAGCUGACCCGCGGGUCUCAGUCACUGAACCAGUAGUCUGCCACGCUCAGACCCAGGUCAGCCCGAGAGCCAGGGCCAAACAUGGUCUGCCAGCCCGGGUCCAAGAGGCACUCAGGAGGGCCAGGUGUGAGGCGUGGGUCCUCACCAGGGCUGGUGGGCUGCACUGCAGGCGGCCUUCAGGUCAGCACCGGGCCGGACAAGGGGGUGCAGUCUGUCCUGACACUCUUGUUUCCACGCUGGAACCCCAGCCUGUUGGGAUCGGGACUCCGGGAUCCUGCCCUGGCCCUGAAGGCUUCGGGGGCACUUCGUUCCUGUCGAUUCUGGUCCAGGAGGCCCUGCCCUGGAGGCCGUGUUCAGCUGGAGCCACACACCAUGAGCAUCCGUGUGUGCCCCCGCCUCGGGGUCGGCCUCUGGCUGUGGCUGGGUGUCACCCUAGGACUCGGCCAGGGACAAGCAAGCGGCCGCCUGAGGCUGGUGGUGCUGCCUGAGGACCGGCUGCAGAUGAAGUGGAGGGAGUCGGAGGGGAGCAGCCUCGGCUACCUGGUGCAGGUGAAGCCCAGGGCAGGGGACCUGGAGCAGGAGGUGAUGCUGACUACCAAGACCCCCAAGGCCACGGUGGGGGGCCUCAGCCCCUCCAAAGGGUACACCUUGCAGAUCUUCGAGCUCACAGGCUCAGGGAAUGUCCUGCUGGCUCGGAGGGAGUUUGUGAUCAAAGAUUUGAAGAGUAGCUCUGCGAGCAGGAGCAGCCGGAGGCCACUGGGGGCAGCCCUGCAGCCCAGCCCCUCCCACGAGGGGAGCCCAGACCUCGAUCCCCCAGUGGCCUUGGCCCCAAGCCAAGACCUGCCCACGCCUGCCGGACCCCAGUUCCGCUGCACGUCCCCCACACCCGUGGACAUGAUCUUCCUGGUGGAUGGAUCCUGGAGUAUUGGCAGUCACUUCCAGCAGGUCAAAGACUUCCUGGCCAGCAUCAUUGAGCCCUUUGAAAUCGGGCCAGACAAAGUCCAAGUAGGUAGCCUGACUCAGUACAGCGGGGACCCCCAGACCGAGUGGGACCUGAAUGCCUUUGGCACCAAGGAGGAGGUGCUGGCCGCCGUGCGUGGCCUCCAGUACAGAGGGGGAAACACGUUCACAGGCCUGGCCCUGACCCACGUGCUGGAACAGAACCUGAAGCCCGUGGCGGGUCUCCGUCCGGAGGCGGCCAAGCUGGUGAUUCUGGUGACGGACGGCAAGUCCCAGGACGAUGCCUGCACUGCUGGCCACAUGCUCAAGGAUCUGGGCGUCGACGCCUUUGCCGUGGGCGUGACGGACGCCAAUGAUGCUGAGCUGAGGCUCCUGGCGUCCCAGCGUCCGGACAUCACCGUGCACAGCGUGCAGGACUCCCCGCUCGGCUCGCUGGCCGGCCUGCUCAGCCGCCUCGUCUGCCAGAAGGUGCAGGGCAGGCGCCUGCGCAGCGGCCCAGUUACACCGGCCGCAGCCGCUCCGGCCCUGGACCCCCCUUCCGCUCCCACCGGCCUGGUCCUGACCCAGGUGACCUCCUCCAGCAUCCACCUCUCCUGGACCCCAGCCCCGCGGCCACCCCUCAAGUACCUGAUCGUGUUGCGGCCUUCUAAGGGCGGCGCCCCCAGGGAGGUGGUGUUGGAGGCGCCCGCCUCGUCGGCAGAGCUGCGCAACCUGACCUCCAGCACGGAGUACCUGGUCUCCGUGCUCCCCGUCUACAAGGCCGGCGUCGGUGAGGGCCUGCAGGGCCCGGUGACCACAGUGCCCCUGCCCCCACCCCAGGCGCUGACCCUGGCCGCAGUGAUGCCCAGAGCCAUCCACCUCACCUGGCAGCCCUCGGCAGGGGCCACCCAGUACCUGGUGCAGUGCUCGCCCACCUCCCCCAAGGGCAAGGAGGAGGGGAGAGAGGUGCGGGUGGGGCAGCCCGAGGCGCUGCUGGAUGGGCUGGCCCCAGGCAGGGACUACGAGGUGUGGGUGCGGAGCCUGCGAGGGGCAGAGACCAGCGAGGCCCAGAGCACCCGCGCCAGGACCCCCGCCCUGGCCCCCCCCAGACACCUGAGCUUCUCGGACGUGAGCCAUGACUCGGCCCGAGUGUCCUGGGAGGGCACCGCGAGGCCUGUGCGCCUGUUCAGGGUCAGCUACGUCUCGAGCAAGGGCGGCCACUCGGGACAGACGGAGGCUCCUGGGAGCGCCACCUCGGUCACUCUGGGCCCCCUCUCGUCCUCCACCGUCUACACGGUCCGCGUCACCUGCCUCUACCCUGGGGGCAGCUCCUCCACACUGACUGGCCGCCUGACCACACGGAAAGUCCCCAGCCCGAGCCAGCUGUCGGUGAUAGAGCUGCCUGGGGACGAAGUCCAGCUGGAGUGGGCGGCCGCAGCGGCGUCCGGCGUGCUUGUCUACCAGAUCACGUGGACGCCCCUGGGAGAGGGGAAGGCCCAUAAGAUCUCCGUCCCGGGGAACCUGGGCACGGCCGUCCUGCCCGGCCUGGGGAGGCACUCGGAGUAUAAGAUCAUCAUCCUGGCCUACUACAGGGAUGGGGCCCGCAGCCCCCCCGCCCCUUGCUCCCCCGCAGUCAGCUGGAGCCCACCCUCCAACCUGGCCCUGGCCUCAGAGUCUCCCGACAGCCUGCGGGUCAGCUGGACGCCCCCGAGUGGCCGUGUCCUCCACUACCAGCUCUCCUAUGCACUGGCCUCAGGCUCGGGACCCGAGAAGUCGAUCUCCAUUCCAGGACCCAGAAGCCAUGUGACUCUCCCUGAACUGCUGGCGGCCACCAAGUACCGGGUCCUAGUCUCAGCCGUCUACGGAGCAGGGAAGAGUGUGGCAGUGUCUGCCACGGGCCGGACGGCCUGCCCGGCCCUCCACCCGGAUGGCUCCCUCCCAGGCUUUGACCUGAUGGCAGCCUUCGGGCUGGUGGAGAAGGAAUACGCCUCCAUCCGUGGCAUGGCCAUGGAGCCCUCGGCCUUUGGCCCCAUCAGGACCUUCACGCUCUUCAAGGAUGCUCAGCUGACCCGCCGGGCCAGCGACAUCCACCUGGCCACCCUCCCCACGGAACACACAGUCGUCUUCCUCCUGCGCCUGCUCCCCGAGACGCCCCGCGAGGUCUUUGCGCUGUGGCAGGUGGCGGCCGAAGACUUCCGGCCCGUCCUGGGGGUCCUGCUGGACGCCAGCAGAAAGUCGCUGACCUACUUCCGCAGUGACCCCAGCGCCACCCUGCAGGAGGCCACCUUCGACCUGCCCGACGUGAGGAGGAUAUUCUUUGGGAGCUUCCACAAGGUGCAUAUAGCCGUGGGCCGCUCCAAGGUCAGGCUCUACGUGGACUGCCGGAAGGUGGCUGAGAAGCCCACUGGGGAGGCCGGCAGCCUGCCCACCACCGACUUCGUCACACUGGGGAGACUGGCCAAGGCCCGGGGCCCCCGGAGCAGCUCAGCCUCAUUCCAGCUCCAGAUGCUACAGAUUGUGUGCAGUGACUCCUGGGCAGAGGAGGACAGGUGCUGCGAGCUCCCGGCUUCGAAGGAUGGAGAGACCUGCCCUGCCUUCCCUUCUGCCUGUGCAUGUUCCUCGCAGACCCCUGGGCCCCCGGGCCCCCAAGGACCUCCUGGCCACCCUGGGAGGGACGGAGCCCCAGGAGAGCAGGGCUUCCCAGCGCCCAGGGGAGGGCCCGGGCCACCUGGACAGAUGGGACCCGAGGGUCCUGGAGGUCAGCAGGGGUCACCAGGCACCCAGGGCCAAACCAUCCAGGGACCUGUGGGUCCACCAGGGGUCAAAGGAGAGAAGGGGGACCAUGGACGCCCCGGCUUGCAGGGCCACCCCGGCCUCCAGGGCACCCCUGGGAAGGUUGGCGUCCAGGGACCAAAGGGAAUGAGAGGCCUGGAGGGGACUGCUGGCCUGCUCGGACCCCCUGGCCCUAGGGGCUUCCAGGGCACGGCGGGGGCCAGAGGCAGCAGCGGGGAGCGAGGACCCCCGGGGGCUGUGGGGCCCACGGGGCUGCCGGGGCCCAAGGGGGAGCGAGGAGAGAAGGGCGAGCCACAGUCCUUGGCCACCAUCUACCAGCUCGUGGGCCAGGCCUGCGAGUCCGCCAUCCAGACGUACCUGCUGAAGCUCCACGCCUGCACCCACGAGAGCACCCGGCCCCCCAUGCCCAUCUUGGAGGCCCCCAGGGCCUUCGGCACGCGCAGAGAGGCCCGGCUCCCUGGAGAAGGGGGGCACGGUGGCCCCCGCCCAGAGGACAGAGGACGGUCCCCCUGCUGCCCCGAGUGAGCCCGAACGUCCCCCCACCGGAUCCCAGACACCGAGCGCAGCUGGAGAAGAGGGUCUGGAGGCGGAAGGAGGGG